GUUUUGCAAGCACGGUCGUCCGCCGUCCUUCCGUCUGAGCUCCCGCCUUCUAGUGAAGGAAAUCCCCUGCAGAGGUCCCUCGGUCGGCCGCUUGCAACUCCUCAUUGGCCUUUGUGUCCGCGCAGGGAAGUUCGACUCCAGGCACCCCUCCGCACGCGACAAUCACGCGAUUCGGGCGCCCAUCUCCGAUCGGUCAAUCCCCCGCCAUCCCCGGCGGAUUCACCGCGCUCCUUGUUUUCCUCCACCACCAUGAGCUCGACAGAAGGCCCCAAGCCGCUCCCGUUCAUCGCGAACUUCGCCGCGGGCGCUAUAGCUGGGAUCUCGGAGAUUCUGACCUUCUAUCCUCUCGAUGUGGUCAAGACCAGGCUGCAGCUCGCGACUGGAAAGUCCAAUGUCGGGCUCAUCGGGACAUUCCAGAGCAUCAUCAAGGAGGAAGGAGUGGGCCGCCUGUACCGUGGCCUCGUCCCCCCACUUCUCAUGGAGGCGCCCAAGCGCGCGACGAAGUUCGCCGCAAAUGGUUUCUGGGGGAAUACGUACAUGAAGUUGACGGGCGAGACGAAGAUGACCCAGUCCUUGUCGCUGCUUACUGGCUGCAGUGCAGGAGCGACGGAAUCUUUCGUCGUCGUUCCCUUUGAACUGGUAAAAAUUCGCCUUCAGGACAAGACCUCAACCUACAAGGGCCCAAUGGACGUCGUCAAGCAGGUCGUUAAAUCCGACGGCCUUCUCGGGCUGUACGCGGGCAUGGAGAGCACGUUCUGGCGUCACUUGUGGUGGAAUGGCGGGUACUUUGGCUGCAUCUUCCAGGUCAAGGCGAUGCUUCCAAAGCCCGAGACGCAACAAGCAACCCUCAUGAACAACUUGAUCUCCGGUACUGUCGGUGGUCUCGUCGGCACGAUGAUCAACACGCCGUUCGACGUGGUGAAGUCUCGGAUUCAGUCGCAGCAACGCGUGCCGGGCGUUGUACCCAAGUAUAAUUGGACGUACCCGGCGUUGGUGACGAUCCUGAGGGAAGAGGGCCCUGCGGCGCUGUACAAGGGCUUCUUGCCGAAGGUCUUGCGGUUGGCACCAGGUGGUGGUGUGCUGUUGCUCGUCGUCGAGUUUACGCUAGGCGUGUUCAGGCAGGCGCUCGGCCCGCCUUACAUAUAGAGCAUCCGCUCUCAUACCACCGUGCUGUAUAGAGGGUCUAUACCCUGCCACUGAAAAUGGACCUACGCAGCCGUAGAGCGGCGCCACGGACGAGCCGUGCGAAGGCGGUUGAACCGCGUACGUGUAACUUAUGGUGCUUGUACGAGUGCGUGUAUGGGCGCCUGUGCCAGUCCGCGGACGAGCGCUUGCAUGGACUUGUACAAGUACCCUGUACUGUGCGCUGAAUGCGUGUCGGGUGGUCCGACCAUCAGUUCAGAACCCCAGAUCCUGUAUUGACGAUCGCACGCUUGGAUAGUUGCGUUACUACCAUAGUACACAUUCAGAUUACCACUGUAGCAUAAAACGCAUGCGGAUGCCUCCUACGUAUGGCGAAAUGGAAUACUUAUUGUCAGUCCA